UCCUCAGUUUCAGUUCGCAGUGAACGUUCGUGCUGUUCGGUUCGGUUAUCAAGUCGGUUCGAUAAGUCUCGAGGAAGGUAUUUUGCGCCAAGAUUAAGUGCUAGGAAGUCUUGGAAUAAUUUUCGAAUAAUUAAUUCUGCCAACAUAUUAAUACGUGUCUGAAUUUUUAAUUGAUAAGAAGGGAAAUUUGUGCAUUCGAUCUGCAGUGUGUUCUGAAGUUGGCUCAAAAAACGUGGAAAAAAGGGAAGAACAGCUCUUAGUGAGUGCUUGCCGCCUUUCAUAUAUUCUGGUUCGAGUUCAAGACGAGCUGAAGCCCAAACAGAUUUCGGUGUCGAAAAGUGGCAAACGAAACAGAAAAACGAAAAUAGGAAAAUCUUUUGGAGCCGGUGUGUGUUUGGCUGUGAAAAGCGAAUCAGUGCAAUAAUAAUUAGCCGCAAAAGUGCGCAUAGCGAUUCAACGGUUUUAAAGUGAUUCGAAUGCAAUUAUCAAAGCUUCCUCGCACUCGGUGAAGCGCGCGAGUUCACGUCAUAUCAACGGAGCAACAUCGCGCGGAUCAGCAAUAGCAGUAGGAAGGGCAAAAGGUUUUUGUGACUGUUACCAGCAGAAAGGAAGUGCGCGAAAGACGACGACGACGCGGCGGUUGGUGAGGUGUUGAUGUGCCAAAAUCAGUUCGACGACGCGCGAGAAGAUCAUCCACAUUAACAGAGAGAAGCAAGAGCGUGUCCGUCGAGGGUGAAGAAAAAAAUUUCCCAAAAACGUCGAUCGGCAAUCCCCGUUGAUCAGUGUUUCAACUUCAAGUGUAUCUGGCCGCAAGGCGAAGAAGAAUAGAAGAAAUUAGCGGUUACCGGUUAAAGUGGAAGGAAAUUGGUGAACGAAAGUGAAUAUUGAAACGCGUGGGGCGGAAGUAGGUAGAUAGUGGGUGGAAGACUUCGCGAUCGUUUAAAGGGCUAAAAGGCGGGCCAGAGUAGCCAGCUGAAGGACACAGAGGGUGGAAAAAUGUCCUCGUCGCCGCUGUUGACCAGCUAUACCUUGCGUAUUCGUAGUGACACCAGUCCGGUGACGGCUACGGCCACCUUUACGCCCGUCAGUGGCACCUGUAGCAGCUCGCUGAAGAAGCUUAGUCUGAACGACGCUUCUUCGGCGAGUACUAAUUCGGGCGAAUCGACGGAUCCACUGGAGUCGGAUUUCAGCGCCGAAGAGGAGGAAGAAGAAGAAGAGGAGGAGGAGGAAGAGGAGGACAGUAGACGGUUCAGGGUCAUAAAACAAGACGACGACGAGAAGGUCGACGAGGGGGAAGAAGAGGAAGAAGAAGAACAAGAAGACGAAGAGGAAAAUCAAUCUAAAUCAAGAAAGUUAGACGACGCAGACGACGACGAGGACGACGGUAACGGUGACGAAGACGAAGACGAUAACACAGACACCUCCUCCAGCAGCAGCAGUAUUGCCCAGACAGCCAAAAGUGACCCCAAACAGAAUGCUCGAUCCCGAAACUCUUCCACUGAUGAUGAUACUCGCGACAGCAGCGAUAGCGACGAUGACUCUGACGAUAUUUCUGAUACGAAUAAUAAUAUCAGCGGAGUUCGUUGCAAACAACCGCGGCAGUAUGAUCUGGACGAUUUUCAAAUACUGAAAACCAUAGGUACCGGCACGUUUGGCAGGGUAUGUCUCUGUCGAGACAAGGAGACAGACAAGUACUGGGCGAUGAAGAUCCUGGCGAUGGCCGACGUGAUACGGUUGAAGCAGAUCGAGCAUGUCAAAAACGAGAAGAACAUCCUGCGCGAAAUUGACCACCCGUUCGUCGUGAACAUGCGAUGGCACGCCAAAGACGACUGCUGCCUCUACAUGCUGUUCGAGUACGUCAGCGGCGGUGAACUGUUCUCCUAUCUGCGGAACGCCGGCCGGUUCGACAACGCCACCGCCAAUUUCUACGCCUGCGAAAUUGUGCUCGCCCUGGAGUACCUGCACGCCCUGUCCAUCGUGUAUCGGGACCUGAAACCGGAGAAUCUGCUGCUGGAUCGGGACGGACAUCUAAAAAUCACCGACUUUGGUUUCGCCAAAAAGCUGAAAGACCGAACCUGGACGCUGUGCGGGACGCCCGAGUACCUGGCGCCGGAAAUCAUCCAAUCCAAAGGGCACAAUAAAGCCGUCGACUGGUGGGCGUUAGGAGUUCUUAUCUAUGAAAUGGUCGUUGGAUAUCCACCCUUCUACGACGAUAAUCCGUUCGGUAUUUACGAGAAGAUCCUCAGCGGGAAGAUAGAGUGGUCACGGCACAUCGAACCCAUUGCGAAGGAUCUGGUCAAGAAGCUGCUGGUACAGGACCGAACCAAGCGAUUGGGGAACAUGAAGAAUGGAGCCGAGGAUAUCAAGAGGCAUCGAUGGUUCAAGCACCUGGAUUGGGAUGUCGUGAUACGGAAACAGUUGAAGCCUCCUAUCGUGCCAAAGUUUGUAUUCGAGGGAGAUACCAGCAAUUUCGACGACUACCCGGAAACGGACUGGAAAUCGGCCCGGUCACUGGACAAGGUUGAAAUGCAACUAUUCGAGGAUUUCUAAGUUUGCUCACCAUCUUCCUACUCAAGGAUGUUGAACAUUACCGACGGACGGAAUUCGCAGCACAGCAGAACCAAUGGUGUCAAGUAUUUGGAACUUUGAAGCGAGCUCUUCAAAACAUUAAUAUUUAAACUGUAUUAAUUAAGUGAAAGAAAGGGGGACACGUAGAAUCCUCUUUCCAGGUAGACUAUAUAAGCACUUGUGGAACCAUGGAAAUGUACUAAAAUAGCUUUACCAAUCAAAAUCAUUUACAUGAAGAUCAAGCAGGAAGAUUUGUUUCAAAUGAACACCUCUUCGUUGUAAAUAUUCUCUCAUUGUUCAAAAAAUGAAGAUUUUUAACUUGUUAAGACAUACAUAAAUCACUGAAAAUGUUCCCCAAAAUAUUUCUUUGUACUUAGAAGCACAAAGUGUGUGUGAUCAGAGAAAGCAGAGAGCGUAAAUAGGUAUUAAGCAUUUUGUUUGAUCAUUUUAGACAUUGUUUGCCCUAGUUGAUAGCAAAUUUGAAGGUAUAUGUUCAACUUAAAUCGAUAAGUUAAAUCGAAAAAUUAACCACAUUCACUGUGAUAGAGAGAGAGAAAGGUGAAACCUAGGUUUGUUUAAGACCCCGUACAUUAACAACUUUGCUUUCAAUACUUGAAUUGAUCAAUCCAUCCCAAAUGAAUGCCCCAAAAAUAUGCGAUAGAGAGAGAAUGGAAUCGAACAAGCACAAACAACAACAACUGUAGAACAAGUAUUUAUGACCGUAGUUUAACUGUGCUCCUAAUUUUGAUAUAUUAUUGAACUAUUUUUAGAGAAUUUUGCUAUCUUUUAAUAAUUUAUAGAUGACCAUCGCUGUUGUCCGGCGUUGCAAUCAAGAAAUCUAGCCAUAUCUUUGUUUUACCACAGACAAACGAAGAUUAUACUCGGAUUAUGUUCAUUAUAUACUCAUUCAACGGUUGGUUCAAACAGUCAACCAACGCACAGGAUUUCUCUAAAGACAUCAAAAGUUCAAAAUCAACGAUAACAGAGAAAAAAAAUCUGCUAAAUUGGUCGAAACUAUUAUAUAUUGGGUACCUAAUAAUGUUUCUGUGAUUUAGAGUCAAAUCUGUUUGUCUGGGGUUCUACUACUCAUUUCUAUGAAUUUUCUCUAUAAUUUUUACUUCUCUUGCGAUAAACUAAAUUUACGUUUUUUUUUAAUAAAAGCUACAAAAUUAGUUACAUAGACUACAAACUUUAAAUAAUCAAUAUUUGCGUUAUUCUCUUAUGUAGAAUCGAAACACUGAAGCAUACGGAAGAUUAGGAGUCAAAUAACUCAGAACUGUAUUUAUGCGUGUUUUACAAGAUUGAUCUUAUUGAAACUGUAAAAA